AUGGCGCUGAGCAGAUAUGAAUAUGUCAAGAAUUAUGAAAUCGAAGACCGUUGUCUGCUUGGUUGCUGGAUUGUAGUCCGUAUUGAUGGCAAAGCCUUCCGCAAAUUCACAGAUGCCCAUAGUUACUUGAAGCCUAAUGAUGAUCGAGGACUAGGUCUGAUGACAAGGGCAGCUCAGAUGGUCAUGGCGGAUUUCACUGACAUUGUUCUGGCAUAUGGUCAGAGUGAUGAAUUCAGCUUUGUUUUUCACAAGAAUUGUAAGAUCUACAACAGGCGAGCCAGCAAGCUGAUGAGCAAUGUUGUGAGCUUGUUUGCCUCUUCCUUUGUUCUGUACUGGCCUGAGUUCUUUGAUACGCAGGAGCUGCAAUACCCUCCAAGCUUUGAUUCAAGAGUGGUCCUGUAUCCCACUGAUGAGACUUUGAAGGAUUAUCUUAGCUGGAGACAAGUAGAUUGUCACAUUAACAACUUGUACAACACAUGCUUUUGGAAACUGGUCCAAGAGAAGGGACUUUCUCCACGUGAGGCAGGGGAUUCACUCAAUAACACAUUUUCUGACCACAAGAAUGAACUUUUAUUCAAAGAGUUUAACAUAAACUAUAAUAGCCUGCCAGAACUUUACAGGAAAGGAACAGUUAUUAUUCGGAAUACGAAUGUUAAAAAGUCCAAAGACCUAGACAAACAAACUACUGCUAUCCAAAUAGCCACAGAAAGUUCCAAGAAAGACAAAACAUCUUGUAGCAUAGUUCUAUACACAGACAUCAUCGGUAGCAAAUUUUGGGAGGAACAUCCUAAUAUACUCAAAUAA